CCAUUCUUUGCUUCGGUCACGUUAGGUUGUUGGAUGAUGCUAGUCGCAAGGUCCGUCCUAAAACGUUCCCAAAUCGCGCCGUCAAGAGCCUGCAUCCUCCGGCUUCAACCCCCAGCCCCGCGUUGCGGAGAUCCUCGCAUCGGACCAGCCAUCAAUAUCGCGACUCAUCGUCAACCUUUCUUCAACCACCCAUUUUCAUCGCGAGCUUCAUCCAAAAUGACUUUUCCUCCCAUCGACAGCACCAUCGUCUGCCCGGCUCUCAAUGUCCUUUUCCCGGGCACACCACCUGACCUCUUUGCCUCUGAACUCACCUUCUUCGCUUCUGUGCCUUGGACAGCGUCUCUUCUAUCAGCUCCAAACACAAUCCCUUUCCUUCCAUCAUGUCGCAACCCGGCAUCGCCAGCACAUGACCAGCUCUUUGGUCUCACUCUCAACAACGAACGCGGUCUCUCCCAUCUCAUCAGCUUCUUCCAUGCCCCGAGCACCGAUGUCGCCAAGGACCCCUCACACAGCAUCACCGAGACCGUCACCCUCGUGUCUCUAGGCGACGGCCUCAGCGGGUUCCCUGGAGUGACUCAUGGCGGAAUGAUUGCUUCGUUGCUUGAUGAGUCCAUGGGGACGAUAUUCGACUUGAAUAGCACAUUGAGAAAGGAAGCGAGAGCGUUCCAGACACCCAAUGUAACGGGCGGGCUGGACAUCAAGUUCUUGAAGCCAGUUCCCACAAACGGCGUGUAUUACAUCACUUCGACUGUAGACGAGACCGAUGGUAGAAAGACUAGAAUCCGGUGUGAUUUGAAGGACAAAGAUGGCGAGGUGCUGGCCAAGUGCUCAAGCAAGUGGGUGGCACUCAAGUCAAACCUAUGA